GCUAACAAUGAGAUGUUGCUAAAAGAAUUACAUCUACAGUACAACUACUUUACAGGUGCAAUUCCGUCCUUUAUUUGGAGCAUGUCUUCUUUAAGAAUGGUUGACUUUGGCAUGAAUCAUUUAAAUGGUAAUUUGCCAAAAGACUUUUGCCAUCAACUCCCUUUGCUUGAAAUCUUCCAUGCUGAUUAUAAUCAAUUAGAGGGAAGCAUUCCAGAAUCAAUAAGUAAUUGCACAUCAUUAAAGGAAUUGUACUUGGGUGGUAACUCAUUUACAGAUGGAUCAUGGAUAACAUGAUGAACCAGGUCUAUAAGAAUUUCU